AUGAGCUACGCCUACCCACGCAGCGCCGGCGCUUCGUCUCUUCCCUCGUUUAAUUCGGUUCCCGGGCAAGCAUCGGGUAUUGUGCGACAGGCAUUGGAGGGACUACCGGCUACGGCCAAACAAUGGUUUGCGGAGGGGGCUUCAAGUUUCCGGGGGACGAGGGGGAGGAGUGAUCCCCGUGGCGUGGUAGGAUUGGUUUUGCGACGCCUUUUUACUGUCGCUAAUGCCAUCGUUGUCAUGUGGUUGUUUACGUUGUGGUGGGGGGAGCGGACGGUGUUCCAAGACGCUAUUGAUCGGUGUGUUUGGGAGAGCUGGGAGAAAUGGCCCCAAGGUGCCACGCCGCAUCAUGUCGCGUUCAUUGCCGACCCCCAGCUUGUCGAUCCCCACACUUACCCCGGCCGCCCAUGGCCCCUCUCGACGCUGACCGUCAAAUACACCGACCAAUAUAUGCGCCGGGCAUUUGCAUCUAUACAAGAUAAUCUAGAGCCCGACUCCGUUCUCUUUUUAGGGGAUCUGUUUGACGGCGGGCGAGAAUGGGCUACCAGCACAUCCGUUAGCCCUGAGGACCGAUACAAGAAGAUCAAGGAUUCAUUUUGGAAGAAGGAAUAUGGCCGUUUCAUGAAGAUUUUCAUGGAUCCCUGGCUCAAGCAAUAUUCCGAUCCGGUUGACGGCCGUGGACGCAGGAUCAUUGCUAGUCUACCGGGAAACCACGAUCUGGGAUUUGGCAAUGGGAUUCAGGAACCUGUGCGCCGGCGAUUCCAAAGCCACUUUGGUAACGGUAACCGGGUGGAUAUUAUUGGAAACCAUACUUUUGUUUCCAUCGACACUGUCUCGCUGAGUGCGAUGGACCAACCGGACCCGUUGACGGGGAGCUCCCGCACAAGCGAGGGCGAGGAGGACGAGUUUGCUCGGCCAAUCUGGAAAGAUGCAGAUGAAUUCUUGGACCAAAUGGUCACCCACAAAGCUACCGCGGAGACGGAGGAACUCCGGGUGCUACAAAAUCGGUCGGAAGAUGUACUAUUCAAGCAUCGUAUUGUGGAAGCUGGGGACGAUUCCGUUGAGCAGCUGCCAAAUCCCAAGUCAGCUGGGUUCCCUACCAUUCUCCUCACGCACGUUCCGCUCUAUCGCAAGGCGGCGACCCCCUGCGGGCCGCUGCGUGAGCGUCUUCCUCCAUCUGCGCCAGGAUUAGAGGAAGACGAGCCCAACUCGCUCCGACUCGGCGGUGGUUAUCAAUACCAAAACGUGCUGACCCAGACCAUCUCCAACGAACUGGUGUCCAAGGCCGGGCCCAACGUGGUCCAGGUCUACUCCGGCGACGACCACGACUACUGCGAGGUCAUACACCGCGAAUUCAACGGCUCCCCUAACGAAAUCACCGUCAAGAGCUUGUCCUGGGCAAUGGGCGUCCGACACCCCGGCUUCCUCCUCACCAGUCUCUGGAACCCCAUUGACCCCAUCACCGGCGAGACUACACAAAAAAGCUCCUCGCCCACCAUCCAAAACCACCUCUGCCUCCUCCCCGAUCAACUAGGCAUCUUCAUCCACUAUCUCUGCAUCCUAGGCCUGAGCAUUACCAUCCUCCUCGCUCAAGCCCUCUACACUACAUUCUAUUCCCCCGAACUCCCCACACCCCGCGAACGGCUCCGUCCUCCCCCUCUCCGAGAGACACACCUUCCACCCCAACCACCAGUACCAGACAUCCGCUCCACAUUUCCCUCCGGUGGCCUGAUCGGGCGUGCCGGGAUCUCUCCUUCCCCCCGCCACUACCCCAGCGGCAAGCCUUACCACGAUACUUAUCGGGGUCUAGAUGGUGACGACGUCGUGAGUACGAAAGAUAAGGGAUUGUAUCGACCAGCCGUUGCGGCGAAGGGUGUUAGAGCGAAGACUGUCCUUGUCUGGCGGACUUUUGUGCGUCUGGUUCGGUCCGUUGCGAUUGCCGUGCUGGGGGUUUAUUUUGUUCUGAUCUGGCGCUGGUAG